AUGCCGCGUUCAAAACUAGAAUUUGAUGUUCCGACAGUCUCUGCCACAGGAAUCAUGAGCGCUACUAGCUCAGACUCGGAAGGAAGCCUCUCUGAGCUUUCUGUCCCGACGACCACUUCUGCGCCGCCUGUUCGAUACAGUACCCUAGCUGUCAGGGCGGCUGGCGAUACAUCCUUGAACUCACAGUGGAGCAGCUUCCUUGCUGAAGCCGAGGUCGAUACAGCUGUCACAGUCACCAAGGCGAGCGGUGACAACGAGCCGGACACAUUCGCUGCCACUAACAAUCGCUUCUGGGGCCUUGUGUUUAACAGUUCUGAGAACCCGACUCGCUUUAACUUUACCGAAGCCGAGCUAGACUCUGCCGGCGGCGGGCCCGUCCUUAUUGCUCUUGAUGUUGGUAUUGGCGCCAUACCAUCCGUCUUUCAAGAUGGAAAAACCGCAAUCACUCUCGGGGACGUGCUAACCAAAUUCGGCGUCGUCUCUGACGAUACCACCGGGGCUAUCAUCACCGCGAUUGGAGAUAUUGUCAAUGUGGACGUCGACACGUCCGAGAAGCGCAAUGGCUUCUGGUGCCUCCCAGGCUCCAUGUUCAAAGUGGCCACAAACCUGUCCUUCAAGAUCAGUGCCACUUCGACAUGUUCCCUGAGCACCAUCGGUAAGGCGCUGGGAGACGCCUUUGGGUUUUCCAUCAGCACAAUUGCUUCCAACCCGACCUUUUACCUCCAGCACACCAUGAUGGGAAUCCCAAUCCCACUAACAGAUUCCGACUCAGAUGCAGACUCGGACUCGGGUUCAGUCUCCAACUCGUCCUCGUUCUCCAUCUCGAGUGCAGUUACCCUGACUGUACAACUUGUGGCCAAGGGGUUCAUCUUUGUGCUCGAGUGCAGCCAAUCUGGGCUCCAGUGUACCCUGGCCGAGAAUCCAGACUCCAAUGACGACUUGUGGACUCGGCUUUCUGCGCUGAGUGGUGGCGACUCUGUGCCGACCCAGAACACGGCAAAGCCAGACAUCGACUCGGGAACGUUCCCCCAUUGUGACGUCUGGAACAUCUCCCUGUUCAAGGAUGCCGGCCAGACCUCCCUUCUUCGGUGGCAGUUGCGCUUCAUCUUGGAGUGGCAGUCGAGCGGCGACGACACCUCGAUGCCGCUCUUGCUCUCGUACGACUCUGCGGAUUCGACAUUUGCCACGUCCCUUCUCUUUAGCGGGUCGCUUCCUGACCCUGCCACCUACCAGCUACUGCCGUGGUACGAUCCCCUCACCAUGCCACCCGCCAGCGUCUCGCUUCCGGUCGGCUUCGACCUCACCAAACUGUUUUCUCCGGCCCAGUCUAUCUCGUCAAGCAUCCCCACCACUCUCACCAGUGCCAUGGUCUCUUACACGAAAGACACUGGCCUCAUCUCCCUCUCUGUCACCCUGGUCAGAGACGAUUCAACAGGCAGUUUCGCCCCUGCGCCGCUGUCCCCGUUCAUUUGGGAUUCGAUUUCGCUCAGCGUCGAAAAGGAUAGCGCGGUUUCGUUUGACAUUUUUGCUUCAUUCACCCUCCGUCUCUGCCAGCCCGGUGACACUGGUUCCUCAGAUGAGGUGGCGAGCCUGCACACACAGCUCUCCUACGCAAACUCGAUCUGGGAGGUCAGUGCGGGAGGGGCAAGCAUACCGUUCCGGCUCCUCUGGAGCUAUUUUGACCAAGAUGUCCGUGAUCCCAUCCUGUCUGUGCUGGGGGACCUCAAGGCACGCAGCUUGGACCUGUACUACACCUACAACUCAAAAGCGGAGGCCAGCAGCUUUCUCUUUACGGGCAGGGUUGCGCUUGGUGGUCUGGAGCUGCGGCUGUUUUGUCAAUACGCCACCAAAGAAGCUGCCUCAGACAGUGCUGCCCACAAGAAGCUCAAGAGCGAUGACGGGGAUCCAAGCCCGAUCACAGUAGCCAGUGGUCUCAACCACGACUGGGCUUUCGAAUGUGACCUUGCUUCUCCGAAUCCAUUUCGCGACUAUGCGCCAGGCUCGAUUGCAGAUGUUGCAGACUGCUUUGUCGAUGGGGGUUCAAGCAACUUGCCAGACUUUGUCGGGCUCAUGGCCAUCGAGGCCCUGUGCGAGGAGACGGCGGCCAGCCUCCGCAUAGCCAAGACGGGGGCGAGUGGCAGUGGGCAGAUUACCUUUGUGCUGUCCAUCACGGCCGGGGCUGACACCAAACGGGUGCUGCGGGUCACUGCCAAAGGGUUGCCAACCAUGACAAACAUACCACUUGUCAAUGAACUUCCUCCGCUCUUUGGAGAGCUCAUCUACAUGUGGGUAACGCCAAGCCCCUUGACAGUGCAAGAUAUCGCCACCAUCAACAGCCAGCCUGGCGAGGCCGAUCCCAUCCUCUGCCGGGCCACGACGGCCAGCCAGACAGCAAACGCAGUGGUCUUCAAGCCCGGCCACCACUUCCUUCUCUCCCAGGACGGAGCCAUCACCCUCGACCACUUUUUUGACCACAAAUCAACGACUGCAGACUCAGGAGAUGGGAGCACGGAUGGGGGCGACAGCUCCGACCCGCCUGCGGCACCCACAAAUGGCUCGCUCGUCAAGAAGAGUGGGAUUGUCUCGAUCAGUGGGAUCGGUCUUCACAAGCCGCCGCUGCUGAUGGCUGGCGUCUUUGAACAUGUCACCACAUCUGACCAGGACAGCUACCGCGGCGGUAUUGCCUUGGCGAUCCCGCCCUAUACCUUUUUGGCUGUGGGCGAAUACAGCACUGUUACCCUUGCUGGCAAGAAUUACAAGUCGGUUUUUGUCUUUGCAAAGCUGCAUGGACCCCUUAUUACACUCCAGUUUGCAACCAUCAGUGGCGUCCGGCUCGGAUUUGGAUACAACUCUGUCGUCCGGUCCCCUUCAGCUGCGGACCUGUACCGAUUCCCCUUCAUCAACGACUCGGACCUCAGCGCCACCGGUAACAGCAACGACCCCAUUUCCGUUCUGACAAGCAUGUGCGGAACCCACGCCGACGGCUCCCCCGCGUGGGUGACCCCCCAAGACCAGGCCUACUGGCUCGCCAUGGGCAUGUCCAUCACCGCCUUUGACUUGCUGUCCGUCACCGCCGUGGCCCUAGUUUCUUUCAAGGACGAUGGGAUCGUCAUCAGCCUCAUCGCCAAUGCCGUGGCGCAGCUGCCACCAAAGGUCGAGGGCUGGGGAGAGGUCGUCUUGUUCCGCUCCGAGAACAUCUACGCGAAGCACAUUGCCGAGGACAGGACCGAGACCUUUGUGGCGGCGGUGCCGGACUUGAUCUCUGUAAUCGACACGCAGUCGGGACGCGCAUUAGGUGUGCUAGAGUUCCGGUACGGUGUCAUGGUGACGGUUCUAGGCGUCACCUGUUCGCUGCGAUGGACCACACAGAGCAGGGCAUAG